AUGUUGGUUUCAUGUCGAAUUUGCGGAGAUCGAGCAUCUGGAAGACAUUAUGGAGUUAUUUCUUGUGAUGGAUGUCGUGGAUUUUUCAAAAGGUGAGCAUUUUUGAGCUACAAUAACCAUUGAACCUAUUAGUUGUUUCAGAUCAAUUCGUCGAAAUUUGAAUUUUGUUUGUAAAGAAUCUCAAAAUUGUAUCAUCAAUGUUAUUCGAAGAAAUCAAUGUCAAUUUUGUAGAUUUCAAAAAUGUUUGGCUGUUUCCAUGAAUCCACAUGGUUAGAUUUAUAAGAAAAAUAGAAAAUUUUCCCGAGUUUGAACAUUUUUUUGAAAAUUUAAAAUUUGGAAUAUUUAUCAUUACUUCGAAAUUUUUUCGCAACUUUCUGGUAAAAAUUCAGAAAAAGUUCCAAAUAUCUGGAAUCCGUUUGAAAAAUUCGAAACUUCCGAAAAUAAACUACAGUAAGCCAAUAAAAUACUAAUAAUGUCCAGAGAUAUCAACUUUAGAAAAAAUACUGUAGUUAGUUGUGAUUUUCCCAUUUUCUCGUAUUCACCCAAACUAUAGCAAAUUUAAAUAUUUAUAUUUUCAGCAGUUCAAAAUGAAAGAAAUCGAUUAUCUGAAAAUAUUUCAAAAUCAAAUUAUAAAUUAUUCACAAUUUCCCGCCUCGCAAAUCUCGACUUUGAUUUCUCUGCUUAUCUUUUGAACCUUAUUUCAAAUUGGUCAAUUUCCGCUAAAUUCCUAACACCUUCAGAUCGUCGGGUAAUAAUAGUUCAACGUUUUCCCGAACUUUUAAAUUUUUCCAGAUUAUAUUUUCCAACUCGUGGCAUUUCAUGUUUUUGUUCAGCGCGAUAACUCAACCGGGUGUGAAUAUUGUAAAUGGUAAGUUUGAAAAAAAAAACAUAAAUUUAAAAUAAAAUGUUAUAGAUUGUUCGAACGAGAAACUUUGCCAAAUUUCUCGUAACAUCCAAUCGAUGAAUUUGAAUUUCUUCGAAUGUUGGGCAAUUAUGAUUAUAAUUAUUUAUAGAUCAGAAGAUAAUCGAAUUGAGAACAAAUUCGAAAUCCAACAAUUUCAAAAUAAUGCUAUGAGUAUUCUCGCCGAAUUCAAUAUUUUUCGAAAUUUCCAGAACUUAUCGCAAAAUUCACAAAUCCUGCUGAUUCCUCUAACAAUUCUCCAAAUCACGAAAUCCGAAAUUAUUCGAACAUUUUUCCAUGGAAAAAAUGAGGAAGAAUUGGAUAAUUAUGUAAAACAAAUGAUUUCUUUUUGA